AUGGCCGAUCCACCUCCACCAAUGUUUUCUGCUCCUGGAGACCUCUCUCAGGGCGCACAAGCCGCUGUGGCACAACGCGGGAACCCCUCGACUUUGAAUCUUGACGACAUUUUUGGUGAUGUCAUGUUCACUCCUGAUGGUGACACAGUCUUCCUCAGCGAAGACCAAGAAGCUCUUGCCUCUGGUGAGAAGACUGUCACCACGAUGGCCUCCAGGGCUCAAGGUGACAAGUUCGUACCUGUCAACAGAGGAGGUGGUCUUUACACCACUCAGUUGACCCAACGUGAAAAGCCUUCUCUUACAAUGGGGUCUGUUGGCGACGGUGUCCAACAAACCACUAGUGUGCCAUAUCAAAAGGCGCCUCAGGCCAGCCACCACGUCCAAUACGUUGCGAAGAAGAAGUCUCGUUCUGGAGACCGCAAGAUGAGCGAGCAACAAAAGGUGGAACGACGUGAGCGUAAUCGUGAACACGCCAAGAGAUCUCGUAUCCGCAAAAAGUUUUUGUUGGAAUCUCUUCAACAAUCUGUUGCUCUUUUGAAGGAAGAGAACGAGAAGCUCCGCGAUUCCAUUCGCGAGCACUUGGGUAACGACAAGGCUGACCAAUUGCUAAACAGCUCUGCUGGAGGUGAAGCUCCUGAUGCCGCCUUGAUUGCAAGUUCCCAAGGUGCUGCCAACAAGGUUCUCGACGAUCCCGAUUUCUCCUUCAUCAAGGCCCUUCAAACUGCCCAACAGAACUUUGUAGUUACUGAUCCUUCUCUCCCAGACAACCCAAUUGUCUACGCUUCCCAAGGUUUCCUCAAUCUUACUGGAUACUCGCUGGACCAGAUUUUGGGACGUAACUGCCGUUUCUUGCAAGGUCCUGAGACUGACCCCAAGGCCGUUGAACGUAUCCGCUCUGCCAUUGAACAAGGAAAUGACUUGUCUGUCUGUCUUCUUAACUACCGUGUUGAUGGAACUACCUUCUGGAACCAGUUCUUCAUUGCUGCCCUUCGCGAUGCCUCUGGUAACAUCACUAACUUUGUCGGUGUCCAGUGUAAGGUCAGUGACCAGUAUGCCGCCUCUGUCACCAAGCAACAAGACGAGGACGAAGAUGCCGAAUAA